AUGGGGGCUGAAGCUGAAAUUGAAGACAAAAAAUGGCGAUACACAUGGGAAUCACAAUCUCACACACCAAUCCUCCGCUUAUUCCUUUUUCCAUUCUCCAAAACCCUAAACCUCUCUCUCCAACACCACAAUCUCACUGUUCACCUUCAUUCUCCACCCACUUUCCUCACUCUCACUUCCUCCUCCUCCUCCCUCUCCCUUAGGGUUCCGAUUCCCACUGUCUUACUCGACGCCGAGCUUCCUCCCACCGUCCGCUCAUUCACCGACCAUAUCGAAGUCAAACUCCUCCUCUUACUCCCCGUCGACCACCCUGCCCUCUUCGCACUUCAUCAAACCUCGCCGUUACCUCAACCUCUCCUAAUCGAAUACGAUGUAGACAAACUGUCUUCAGCUGGAGAAGUUGAAUUUGUUUGUAGAAGUUGUAGAUACCAUUUGACCAAUAAACCUAUCAGGAAUUUUGUUGAAAUGCCGUCAGCGAAUUGGAGGGAGGUGGCUGACAAUUGGUUUGGUGCUUGUUGUUGUUCGUUUGGAGGUAUAAGUGAGAAGCUGGUGACGAGGUAUGUGAAUUCUCACACGUGUGCACAAGGGAUGUGCCUGCUGAGCUCUACAUCUGUCACUUUUAGCAAGGAUGAUCUUGUGGAAAGUGACUUUCCUGAGCGGUGUGGACAGCUGCACGGGUGUGAUUAUGUAGCCGGUGAUUUUGGUAUUGAUGUUGUUAGUGAAGGCAUUGGGAAUUUUGGGUUGAAUGAAGAAAUAACUUCGACUUGCAGUGAUGCUUGUGAAGUGCACUGUGCUUUUGAUGAGAAUGCAAAGGUUGCCCAUCCUCGGAAUGGAAAGCUUUCUUUGAAUUUUAACGAAGUUGCCAAGAAUGAACCUGAUUGCAGUGAUUUUACUCGUAUUUGUCUAGAUUUGAAUGACAUUGAACACACGACCAGUAUUUCUAGUUGUUGUACUCAUAAAAUGAGCACUCUAGGAAAUGAAGACGGUGAACAUCAUUUAUCUUCAAAUGCUAGGAAGAUUGAAACUGUGGAAAUUGUGGGAAAUCAGAAGUCUUUCCUUAAUGGUUUUCUUGAAGAUGUUUUCAUGGCUAGAUCAUCAAAUCUUUCAAAGAAUAUUGAUUGGCAUGAAUUUACAUGCCCGCAAUGCGCAACUCUCCUUGGAGCCUACCCGUGUUGUGAGGGAUGUGCGCCAGUAGAUGGAGGAGUACGGCUGUUCAAAUGUUAUAUUUCAACCUGUCUGCCAGUGUUAGGAUCAGGGGACAUUUUCAGCAAUUACACAAUGGACAAAAUGUUUGCGAAUCGGUUGGCCGAGUGUGCAAAUGAUGAGUCAACAUUUCGGUUCGUUGUUAGAGAUCUGAAAACCAAAUCUCCUGUCCUGCAAAUCAUUCUUUUAAAUCUAGAUACUUGGUCCUGUUCUGGUUAUUGCUUUGGAGCAGAGGACAAAGACCCAGAUCCUAAAUUACAGCUACGUCCGGUCAUCAAGGUCCUUUUUUCUGACUCUGAAGCUGCAACAGAAUCUCAAUUAAGGGUGAUAGAGGAAUGGGCAGCUAAGAAUUCAGCUGAAGACAUUUUCAUGCUAACUAAUCAAAUACAAGACGUGGUGAAUUCAUUGAUGUCUGCAAAAGAUAUAUAUCCUCCUUCAUGUGCCUCCCUUCCUGGUUUAACGCUGUCAUAUAUGCAACGGUAG